CGAGUAGGAGGCAUGCUGCUGCUGUUGGUGGUCAGACCAUUGGGGACCAGAGAUCCUUUGCAAAUCCAGAUCUCUCUUCUUCAGCUCACCUCUGUUGAAAAGUUCCCCCAUUCCACAGCAACCAGAUCAUUUUGUCUGUGAUCUUUGAGAGCGGACUGACUGAAAAUAGAAACUUGACAGAUGCCUGUUCCACUGCCACCACCUGCUCCUCCUCUUCCACCAUCUCUUUCUGGAGGAGCCCCACCACCAGCACCUCCUCCUCCUCCUCCUCUUCCGCCAUCUUUCUCUGCAGCUCCACCACCACCUCCUCCUCCUCCUCUACCUUCUUGUUCUGGAGGUCCACCACCUGCCCCGCCUCCACCUCCCCUUCCAUCACCUUCUUCUGGAUGUCCACCACCACCACCACCACCUCCUGCCUCUUUUUCAUCAUCUUCCGGAGGUCCACCAUCACUGCCAUCUUCAUGCCCUUUGGCAAACUCCGAACCGCCCAAGCAGAGGAGGGAGGACUCGAAAAGCCGCAGUGCUUUGCUACAUGAGAUCCAGAGAGGGACUCGGCUGAGGAAAGUAUCGCAGACCAAUGACCGAAGUGCCCCGCAGAUUGAAAACUCUAGGAGGAGGGCCAGCAGAGAUGGAGGAAGCUCAGGAACCGGCAGAAGUGACAUCCCUCAGGCAUUGGGGAACCUAUUUGCAGAGGGUUUUCCUGUUCUGAGACCAGUAGGCCAAAGGGAUCUGACAGGCGGUCGGACGGGUCAGCCAAGCACUGUAAGGACAUCUCCUCCUGCAAAGGGUCCAGACCCACCGAACAAUAAUGGGAAGGCCAGUGGCAACCUUCAAACUGCGUCUGACAGCCCCAAACCUGCAAGUCCAUCGGAAGCAUCCAAGGCCCAGCAAGCGAUUCCGGCUCGUCCCAACAUCCCUGCUCCUCCACCGCCACCGCCACUGCCGCUAUCGCCUUCCUCCAGCAAGCCUUCGCUUAUCUUUCCCCCUCCUCCCUCUCUCCCCCCUCCCCUGCUUGAAAAUCCCGAGAACCUCCCCUCCCCAAGCGCUGCUGCUCCUUCUCCCCGCAAAACCCCAGCAUCCCCUUCACACAUGCCGGCGCCGCCACUGCCUCCCCCUCCCCCUCCCUUGCCUUUAGGGCCCCCUACUUCACUCCCAGGCAAAACCAGCGAGGGCCCCAGCCCAUCGGCCUCCCAGCUCGACCUAAGGCUCAGUUCCCCUUCCGUGCCCCCUCCGCCGCCGCCGCCGCCACCUCCAGUGCCUUCUAUGUCCACCUUUUCCUCACACAGGACGUCUUUGCCGCUGCCCCCUUCGCCAACUUCUCUCAGUGCCUCGAGCGGCAGUGGCGAAGCCCCGCCUCCGCUGCCCCCCAAGUCGCUGUUUGUGCAGUCCCAGAUGCAGAAGCCCAGCAUUCAGUCGCUGCCUCUUCCCCCAGCCCCUCCAAGCACCCAGCAAGUGGCUGUGACACACAAGAGGAGACAAGGCAGAGGCGGAGGAAAGUUGAUGCCACCCCCAGCACCUCCUGCAAGGUCUCCGACAACUGAACUCUCAAGCAAAUGCCAAUAUGCUCAAGUAUCUCCCUGGCUGCCUGGCCCAGACCUCUGCUCAGCAAUUAAGAAUGGGGCAGUCCACAUAAUGGAUGACUUUGAAUCUAAAUUUACUUUCCAUUCCGUGGAAGAAUUUCCUCCUCCUGAUGAGUUUAAGCCAUGCCAGAAAAUUUAUCCUAGCCAGGAAGCUAGAGAUAGCACCAACAACCCUCCAUUAAGGACACAAGUCAGAUGAGAGAUCUUGGUAGUAGGAGCAUCGCUGGAAGGAUCAACGGAGCAUUGUGCAGCGUAGGACCCUGUUUUGAUGACCGCACAGUACAUGCAGGCAAAACUGGCGUUACAUCCAAGCUCAUACAUGGUAAACGGUGGGAUUGACUGGACUAGGACACAGUUGGAAACCUAUUGUUGUGUAAUUCCGUUUCAAUUGCUUUAAACCUGGGCUGAGAUUUGUUUUUAAUUUUGUGGAAUACUCAGUAUAUAUAUAUAUAUAAAUAUAAAACAUGAAAUAGCAGCCCACCUGUGUGGGUCAUACUUUAUUUUAGCAUGAGUGUUCACCCUGUUCAAAAUGCAAACAAGUUUGCAUAGACGACAAUGGUUGAAAUUCCUGCCUGUACUAUCUGCUGGAUAUAAUUUAUUUGACCACGUAAAUCAUGCUUUCAAACUAGGUUUGCUAUAUUUAAAUGUAUGCAAGUUCCCACCCACCCUCUCUUAGGAAUUCUGUGCAUUGUAAUUUUUAAAAUCCCCUUCUUUGCCUCUCUGUAGUUACACUAAAAUGGCUUUCCAGUUAAUGCAGUGGUGUGGAUUGCCAGUGGAACGCAGCAUGUGUGCAUAUAUGUAUAUUUAAGUGCGUAGGUGAUCAGCACUAACCUUCCUGAGCACAGCAGAGGAUGGUACCAGGCGUUCACUGGAAAAUGCACAAGCUCCAGCUGAUUAGCAAGCAUGGAAUACCUUCUCCUGAAUUUUGCCAUGUUGCUGCCUUUCACACGUCACCAACAUCCCUCCUAGAUGCUCUGUCCCAUCCAUCCCUUUGAUUAGGAAGUGAAGGAAAACCUGACAGCUGACUAUUGAAAUGAGGCAAAGAAUAACAGAAUGUAUACUGACUAAUGAGCAUCUAGGCUACAUCACUACACAACUGUGCCUCCUGGCAUAGCAUAUUUAUGAUGUUAACAUCCCCAGCAAAUCUGAAGGACCAAACUAGAUGGUUAUAUGGCUCUAAUAGUUUCUGAACAAUGUUGCUCCAGGUGAAGAGCAUCAACAGUAAGCUGGAGGAAAUGCGGCAGGGGAAACAUUUUGAAUAAGGAAAAAUGGGGUUUGAUACCUCCUCUGCCGCUCCUGCUUUCAAACUGGCAGUGUCCUCUGGUUGCUUUGCAUUAAAAGGAGGGAGAAAAGAGAUGCCAUUAUCUUACUCGUAGGGGCCAUGCUAGGUACCAUAGAGCAAAAAUAUAUAAGAAGAGUAGCAGGUGUUCUAUUUACUAUUUAGAGAGCCAGUGUGGUGUAGUGGUUAAGAGCGGUAGUCUCGUAAUCUGUGGAACCGGGUUCGCGUCUCCGCUCCUCCACAUGCAGCUGCU